ACAAAAUCAAAAUUAGUUGAAACACGUUAAUUUUUAUAUUAUUUUUUUUAAUUAUUUCUUUUUUUAUCUUAUUUUUAUAAUUUGCAAAUCUGGAAUUCAAAAAAGAAAUCAUGAUAGCUGCGUCUGAUCCACAGGAAUUUAUUCCAAGUGGACGACAACAAAUUACCAGACAUCCAGGUCGCUUAAAUACGUCCCCCACAAAUGGACAUAGUGCACCAGAAGCAUUUUUGUGGCAUCGUUUACAAAAAGUCACAAUUUCUGAAUCCGAUAAUACGGAACGUUGGAUUGUACGUGAGGCUCCACUGCCGUCUGAUAUUGAAUUAUUAUUAAAAAAGGAUCAACAAGAAUUAAAAUCCGAUACACAAAAACAUUCAAAUCGUCAAUCGAAUGAGUAUAACGAUGAGUUCUGGAAGAAUGCGGAUCAUAGUUUUAAUUCACGAAGUGGUAAUCGAUUAUCAGAUAUACCUGCUCCGAAGUUAGCAGCCCCUAUUAAAACACGUUUUGCUAGUGAUCCAGAAUUAAAUCGUACUGAAAUUAAACAUAAUCCUAUAAAAGUUGAAACAAAAAUUCCAUCGUAUGAAUUAGGAACAAAUCCUUUUCAAUUCGUGGAAGAAGAAUUAUAUAUUAAGGGUAACACGGUAAUUUGGUCGAAAGGGUUAAUAUCAACCCCGUCGACGGAAUUCUCUACAAGUGAGUCGCGUAUAACAAUUUGUACAUACACAAUGGAUAAUCCAAUAAAACAUGCGGUUUGGUGUACAUUCCACAGUAAUCGACUUAAAUUUGAAUCGACCGACUUUAAUAUACGUCCAAAUAAUUAUAUAAUCGAUAGUAGUAAAUCAUUUCGAUGUAUUAGCGUUAUGGAUUCACAGAAAUUACGGGUAUUCGCUGAAAAUGGGGAUGAUUUUAUAACAAACUUACAAAUAUCCAUUUCAAAUAUUUGGCCCACAAAAUAUGGUAUUCUAUUAGAACGCGAAGAGAAUGAAAUUAAACAGAAAAAUAGUAUUUUAGAAGAUCAAACACCAACGAUUUAUUCAUUAUUACAUCCCUUGGAUGAAUUAUGUCCGGUAUUAAUUAAAAAUUCUGGAUCGCAUACACAAAUUUGUUGUGAUUCCACACAGAAAAUUGUGUUCGCUAACGACGAACCAAGUAUUUGUAUGAUUUACGAUAAGAAAACCGGUUUACAUAGUAUUUACACUUUACGACAAGUGCGUGUCAAUGAAUAUCAAGAGUAUGCUAGUACCGCAUCCACAUCAAAUAUACAAUCGAAUAUGAAUGCGUCAAUUAAACAAAAAACUGGAAAUACUUCGUUAUGGAAUUUACAAAAUAUUGGAACACCAAUUGGGAGUCCGUAUUGUAAUCGAGCGUCGAGUAUGUUGAAUAUUGUUAGUCCGCAACCAUCCAGAUGUCAAAGUCCAAUGACUUCGAUUAGUCGAUGUCAGUCACCAUUAUCUUCAUCUUUAAAUUCUACCCAAUGGCUUAAUCGUUCCGCACGUUUAACCAUUAACAGUAAUGAUUCGUCAAUGGAUUGCACAGCCCGUCAAGAAAAUUCUGUGUAUGCACCAAAACGUGCUAAUCCAGAACUAUGCAUGGAACAUGUUUGGACUGAAAAUUUACGUAUAGCAAGAGAAAGUUCUCAAACAAAUUCUGCAACAAAAGUAUUUUUAUCGAUUGAUUUCGUUGGACAAAUGCACUUUUGUUACUUGAUACCAUCACGUAGUCAAUUAUCAAUUGCUCGAUUAGAAGUUACAAAUAAUUUACAAUUAAUUAUCGGUGUUGUAAAAAGUUUUCGUGCAAAAGAUGCAAUAGCAAUUCCUCAUUUAAACAUAAUGGCCGUACUUGAACCAGAUGGUCAGGUUGUUUUACGAUCUGGAUUAACUGCCAUCGGUAAAUUACAUGUGGGUGGUGUAUCAGCUAGUCUUAGUAGUUCACCAUAUUUUGCAUCAAACGCUGCAGGAAAUCGUUUAAGUUCACCAUUUCCAAGGCGCAGUAGUUUAUUACCACAUUGUAAAACACCAGGAAUUCCAGAAAUUAAAUUUAAUGAUUCUGGAUAUUUAAUAUCUCCCGUACCAGCUGCAACUCCAUGUGCUAAUACAUCGCCUGUGUAUUAUUCAACAACUCCGGGAGAUGAAAAUACAAAUUUAAAAUCACUUCGAGAUUCUGUCUACGAUCGAAUUACCUUAGAAUACUCGGACAAUACAUUAUAUCGGAUACAAUUACCUGUACUCACUGAAAGUUCCUUAGUAAAAACAUGUUUAUCGGCCUUACGACAAGCAUUACAAAAAGAUUUGGCAAUGUUAUUGAUGACAAAAUGGUAUGCAACACGAAACGCACCUGGAUCUACGGAAAUUAGUUUGCAACAUGAAUGGGAACAAUUCUCAAAUUUAUUACUUAGCAUGUUAGGAUAUGAUAUGGACUCUUUAUCAUGGUCGGGUGGUGGAAAAACAUCGCAAAAUCGAAAUGUUUCACCUAUACCUAAACGUAAACGUGUCUCAUCCGAUCAAGGUGAUGAAACUGAUUGGAUCGAUUUAUUAAAUUCUGAAACAAAUCAAAUAUACUCAACGGGCAUCUCACAACUAUUAUGCUUUAAAUCAAAUCAACCUGUAACAGACUCAUCGAAAAUCACACAAAUUGGACGAAUUAAUACCAAUUCCUCGUUAUUUCCACAUUUUCCGUUAAUUUUUUAUACGUUACAUUUAGUUUAUGAAGAAUUAAAAUUAAAUGUACUUCGUAGCAAUGAAUUGCCAAUUAUUGGUGCGUUGUUACACCUGUUGGCAAAAGAUCUACGAUUAAAAGAAUAUGUUGUCCAUUAUUGGUCCGAUUUUCCAAAUAUAUGUCGAUUGGAUAAUAAUAUUGAAGAAUAUGAAGAAAGUCAAAUAACUGAUGUCGAUUUAAGUAAAAUGAAUCAAAUAUCAUUUUUAGACUCACAACCGGCGAAUAUUAUGAGUCAUUUGUAUAAAAUUAUGAAUGGAAAAGAAAUUAAUCCGUAUCCAUUUAUCUAUAAAGUAAAUUCACGCAGUAAAGAUAUCAUACGAUUAUGUUCUAUGAUUUUGGCGCAUCGAAAAGGUUUAUCGAUUGAACCUCAAGUAGAAUCAUUUGUACGUUUAGUUAUACCACCUGGAAGUCGGUAUAAUAAGAAAAUACCGUUAAAAGAUAUGGAAACUAUUUCGUUACAAUGUAAUUUAGUACAAAAUGCUGUAGUAUUUAUGGCUGAACGUGGUUUUACACGUCGAGAAAUUGAAAAUUUACCUCCUAGUAUUAAUUUAUUGUUACAUGAGGCGUUAUGGCAAUGUCGUGAGCAUCCACCACCUUCUUGGCCAUCGUGUGUUUAUCAGUUGUUAGAACGUUUGGAUUUGGCUACCCAGACUGAUUUACCGCAGUCUAAAGAUUCAAAAUUUGUCGCAAACGAUGAAAAAUUACAUUUAUAUUCUGAACCAGGCCAAGAAGAUUUACGAUGUCCAUUUUUCUUUGCAAAUAAUGCUAAAAAUGAAGUUGAAGAUGGAAUGGAAAAUAUGGAUUUAAAGAUGUUAAAAUUGCGAUUUCCGCAUGAUCAUCGGGUUACAGAAAUUCGACGAUUAUUACAAAGUGCCACUCCGGUACCUAUUAAUGUUGUACAACGUCCAGAAGUAACUGAUCAUGAUUAUAUCGAAGAGCAAGAAAAACAUUUAUAUGCUAUUUGUACACGAACUAUGGCAUUACCGGUUGGAAGAGGAAUGUUUACAUUACGCACACAUUCACCUGUAAUUACCGAAACAUUACCUAUUCCUCGACUUUGUCUUGGUGGAAAAGCUCCUCCGCGUGGUAACGCUGUGGAAUUGUCACAUAUUGAUACACCACCAAACAUGAAUAUGUGGCCAUUGUUCCAUAAUGGUGUAGCGGCUGGGCUAAGAAUCAGCCCCACUGCAUCGAAUAUUGAUUCAGCAUGGAUUGUUUUUAAUAAACCAAAAUCCUCACAAGAGACUCCUGCAGAACAUGCAGGAUUUUUAAUGGCUUUAGGAUUGAACGGACAUUUGAAAAAUUUAGCCAUUUUGUAUACCUACGAAUAUUUAGUAAAAAUUAAUGAACUAACAAGUAUUGGAUUAUUAUUGGGAUUAGCAGCUACUAAACGUGGUACCAUGCAUACGGCAACCACAAAAAUGUUAAGUAUACAUGUGGAAGCAUUACUUCCACCAACGUCAAUGGAAUUAGAUGUACCACAAAAUAUACAGAUUGCUGCUCUCUUAGGAAUAGGAUUGGUGUAUGAAGGUUCUUCGCAUCGACAUAUUACAGAAGUUUUACUUGCUGAAAUUGGACGACCUCCGGGACCUGAAAUGGAAAAUAGUAUUGAUAGAGAAUCUUAUUCACUAGCGGCCGGUCUGGCAUUAGGCUUAGUAACACUUGGACAAGGUGGAAAACCAUCCGGUUUAGCAGAUUUGGCUGUUUCAGAUACUUUACAUUAUUACAUGGCUGGUGGAAAUAAACGUCCGUUAACAGGUGCGCAAAAGGAUAAAUAUAAGGUGCCAUCAUUCCAAAUUCGUGAAGGUUCCUGCGUAAAUUUAGAUGUAACUGCACCUGGUGCAACUUUAGCGCUAGGUUUAAUGUAUUUAGGAAGUGGAAGUAAAGCAAUUGCGGAUUGGAUGAGACCUCCUGAUACACAAUAUCUUUUAGAUUUUGUUCGACCUGAUUUAUUAUUAUUACGAAUAGUGGCAAGAGCUUUAAUUUUAUGGGAUGAUAUAGAACCAUCCUGUGAAUGGGUAGAAAGUCAAGUACCAUUGGCAAUCCGACCAUUUUGUUUAGUUAAACCUGAACCUGAAAUGGAUCCAAAUAUUGAUUUUGAGGCAAUGAAUCAAGCGUAUUGUAAUAUAAUUGCUGGAGCUUGUUUUGCUUUGGGGUUAAGAUAUGCUGGUUCAGCAAAUGAUGAAGCUUUUCAAGUAUUACAUCAUUAUUGUCGAAUGUUUGUUUCAUUAACAGCAAAAUCGAUUGCUGAAUUGGCUGGAAAACCGACAAUUGAAUAUUGUUUGAAUUUAAUUUUAUUAUCUUUAGCAAUGGUAAUGGCUGGUACUGGUGAUUUAUCAGUAAUGCGAUUUGUCCGACAUUUACGCCGACGCGUAAAUCCUGCCAGUAGUUCAACUGUAACAUACGGCUCACAUUUAUCUAUGCAUAUGGCAUUAGGUUUAUUGUUUUUAGGUGGUGGUCGUUUAACAUUAUCUUCAUCACCGUCAGCAGUGGCUGCAAUGCUUUGUGCUUUCUUCCCCAAAUUUCCCACCCAUAGUAACGAUAACAGAUAUCAUUUACAAGCAUUCCGUCAUUUAUAUGUAUUAGCUGUGGAACCACGUUUAAUAAUUCCACGUGAUAUAAUUCAUGGAUCGCCUUGUUAUACGAAUUUAACAAUUGUAUCAAUAGAUGGUGUAAAUAAAAAAGUAAAAGCUCCAUGUAUUUUACCAGAACUUUGUACAAUUCAAAAGAUUAUUGUGGACGAUGAACGAUAUUGGCCGAUUGUGUUUGAGAGAGAACGAAAUUGGGAUUAUUUGUUAAAAUUGCUGCACGGUGCCGGUUACCUGGAUGUAAAACAACGUGCUGGAUGUUUAAGCUAUAUUGAAGAUCCAACAGGAACAAAAAGUUUAAUAGCACGCAAAAUAACUCAAUCAAGUGUGAUGCCAUGGUAUAUCAAUUUUACUGAUAUAACGUCAACAUUUUCAACAGACACUGCUGUGAGAUAUUGUAUAAAUCAAUAUUUAUUAUCACCAACGAUCAAAAAACAAAAUAUCAAUGAAAAUCAAUCGACGACGUCAAUGAAGAUUGAUGAUGUCGUCAAUAUCAAUGAAUUAAAAUUAAAGCAAACAUUGUCUACAAUUACUUAUGAAUGUGUUACCAAAGACAAAAUUGCAAUUUUACCAACUUUGGUUAAUACUAUUAAGGCAAUUGAAAGUUUACAUGAUUUUUCAAAUGCAUACAAUAUAUGGCAAUUAAAAUUAGUUUGUGCUCAAGUAUUAUUAGAACCUACAGGUAAUUCAUUAAUAUCACAAGAAUUUGCUUUAGCCAUUGUACAGCAAGUCAAUAAUAUUAUGGAUGGAUGGCAAAAUGAAAUUCAAAUUGAUUUAAUCAAUUAUUUGCAAGGUAAAUCAAUAACAAGAGACUCAAAUAUACAAAAUAAAUUAUCGAAAUUUGUAACAUAUUAUGAUAUACCAUGUAAUUUAAAUUUAAAUUUAUCCACUAAUUAUAUUGAAUUGUUAUUGAAAUUGAAUGAUUAUCAUUUACCAAAUAAUGCUGUACAUAAAAUUAUUGAAAUUAUAAAUUCAACCAAAAAAUAA